UUAAUUAUUUUUAAGGUUCCUUUUGCAGAUUGAAAUAAUCAUACGUCUCAUCUCAAAGAUUUUCAAGCGUCAUAGUCAUCGAUAAAUACAAAGCUAAAUCAGAAUACUUACUCCUACUACAGAUUUUACCUUAAAAAAUGACAUAACGUUGUUGAUUAAAUUUUAGGAUUGUCAUUUUGUGUCUGGAUUGUUGUCAAAUCUGAAUCAUUCAUUUCAUUUAACCUUCUUGAUCCUCUUUUGUUUCCAUUAGUUCCAACCACGAUUUAUCAUUUAGGGGUUACAUUGUGUCAUGUUUUACAUGCUCGUCGCAGCUUCUAUUAUUAUGCUUAUAAUAUAAGGUUUUGAACCUAAGUGGUGUCAUCAUCCUAACUAAUGUCCAACAUGCUAUGCUUGGAAGCCUGUUAAAAUUGUGGAAGUUUUACCACAGUACGGGAAUGAUUAUUUCAUUCUGAUUGUGGAGAUUUGUUUCCAUAUCCAUAGUAUGACCUGCUUCAUUUCAGGGAGUUCUUUUGAGGUUGUAAAAUUGAGAGUGAGUAAUGGAGGAGGGAGAGAUAGAAGGGGAUGGGAACCGGGAGGUGGUGGUUUUAGAGAGAGAUCAGAUUAUGCAAAAAUUUCAUGAAGUGACAUCUCGGGUGGAGCAAGCUUUGAGCGGAAUUCCCUAUGAGAAUCUUGACAUAUCAGAUGAAGUUAAAGAACAGGUGGAGCUUGUUCUAGCUCAGUUCAGGAGAGCUAAAGGAAGGGUUGAUGCUGCAGAUGUUGAACUAUAUGAGGAUCUAUUAUCACUCUACAAUAAGAGUAGUGAUGCAGCAGCAGAUUCAGAUGUACUUAGGAGAUUGACCGAGAAGUUACAAUUGGUGGGGAUAGCUGAACUUACUCAAGAAUCGCUAGCUCUACAUGAGAUGGUUUCUGCCAGUUGUGGAGAUCCCGGGGAAACCAUUGAGAAGAUGUCAAACUUAUUAAAGAAAAUCAAGGAUUUUGUACAGACCGAAAAUCCUAAUUUGGAUGCUUCUGCGAGGGAAAAGAAUCUUCCUCCUAGUAGUGGUCAGGCGACCACUGAUGGAAAUCACAAGACUCCAGUUAUACCCGAUGAUUUCCGCUGUCCAAUAUCCUUGGAGUUGAUGAAGGAUCCUGUCAUUGUUUCAACAGGGCAGACUUAUGAACGUUCUUGUAUUGAGAAAUGGCUGGAGCAAGGUCAUGGAACUUGUCCGAAGACUCAACAGACCCUCAGUAGCCGGACCCUUACGCCCAAUUAUGUACUGCGUUGUCUAAUAGCUCAGUGGUGUGAGGCAAAUGGCAUUGAACCACCCAAGAGACCCAGUAGUUCUAGACCCAAUAAAACCAUAUCUGCCUGCUCACCUGCAGAGCAUACUAAGAUUGAAAUUCUCCUUCGUAAGCUUUCAUCAUGCAGUCCUGAAGACCAAAGAAUGGCUGCAGGUGAAAUCCGUUUUCUUGCCAAACGAAAUGCAGAUAAUCGUGUGGCCAUCGCUGAAGCUGGGGCCAUACCUCUCCUUGUGACACUCCUUUCAACACCUGAUUCACGGACCCAAGAACAUGCUGUAACAGCACUUCUUAACCUUUCCAUUUGUGAAAAUAACAAAGGAAGUAUCAUAUCCUUUGGAGCAGUUCCCGGUAUAGUGCAGGUACUUAAGAAGGGGAGCAUGGAAGCUAGAGAGAAUGCAGCUGCUGCCCUCUUCAGCCUUUCUGUAGUGGAUGAAAAUAAGGUGACAAUUGGUGCCUCGGGAGCAAUCCCUCCGCUAGUGACACUGCUAAGCGAAGGGACACAAAGGGGCAAAAAGGAUGCAGCAACUGCACUCUUUAAUUUGUGCAUAUACCAAGGGAACAAGGGGAAAGCAGUGAGAGCUGGAGUUGUGCCCACAUUAAUGUGUUUGUUGACAGAACCUGGAGGUGGAAUGGUGGACGAGGCAUUGGCCAUACUUGCAAUACUCUCUAGCCAUCCGGAAGGUAAGUCUGCCAUAGGAGCAGCAGAGGCAGUGCCGGUUUUGGUAGAUGUUAUUGGUAAUGGAUCUCCAAGGAAUAGAGAGAAUGCAGCUGCAGUUUUGGUUCAUCUCUGUUCCGGAGACCAACAACAUUUAGCAGAGGCCCAGGAACUAGGAGUGAUGGGCCCUUUGUUGGACCUAGCACAAAAUGGUACAGAUAGGGGCAAGCGGAAGGCUGCUCAAUUGCUUGAGCGCAUGAGCAGGUUCAUUGAGCAGCAAAAGCUGGUGCAGGUGCAAGCUGAGGCCCAUGCUCAUCAGUCCGAGUCUCAGUCUGAGACUCAACAACCACAGCCACCCUCCGUGGCAUAUGCCAUCGAUAGAUGAGGUUCGCUUUGCCUUUAUUUUUGUUCCUUCUUUCACCUUGUUUCAUUUUCUAUAUUGAAGGGGGCGACUUUGCUUUAGAGAUGAAAGAUCGCCUAUCAAACCUGUAAGUUAUUCAUUUGUUUUGUGUUGAAGAAUACAUUAUUCAUACAACGAUCAAAGUUCUGGAAAGAAAGAAAAAGAAACCGAAAGGAAAGAAGAGAUUUGAUAUGUAUGUGAACUUGUACUAUUAUAAUAUCUGUUACGACUGUAAUCAUCCUCAGUUUUUAUACGAGAGAUGUUUCUUCGUAUUCAAAUCGAACUUGUCACCCUUAGUCAUUAGUGAUAUAUAUGCAACCA